AUGGGAUCAUCAAUACUUUGCUUCAGUUUCAAUAGUUUUGUUUGUAAUCUGAUCAUAUACCUCUUUUUCUUGUUGACUUUAUCACGUUUCUCUUUCUCGCAGCCAUUUUGCCAUGAUGAAGAAAGUGCUUCAUUGUUGGAGUUCAAGGAAAGUUUUAUUAUUAACAUGUCUGUUUCUAGUGAUUCUCUUGCUUAUUCAAAGAUUUCCUUCUGGACCAAUAAAUCCGAGACAAGAAAUUGUUGUGUGUGGCAUGGUGUUGAGUGUGAUGAAAUCACAGGUCGUGUCAUCAGCCUUGAUCUCAGCAGCAGCUAUCUCUAUGGAUCUCUUGACUCGAAUAGCAGCCUCUUCAAAUUAGUUCACUUGCGGAGACUUAAUCUUGCAGACAACCAUUUCAACUACUCCCGAAUUCCAACGGCUAUCAAGUGGCUUUCUAUGCUCACCCAUCUCAACCUAUCACGCUCAGUCUUCUCAGACCAAAUUCCAUCAGAAGUUUCAGAACUAUCCAAAUUAGUUUCUCUUGAUUUGUCCUUCAACGCUGAUCCAGUUUCUGGAGAACAUCUAUUGGAACUCAAGAAGCCCAUGUUGGAAAAACUAUUUUCGAACUUGACAAGCCUUGAGAAACUACGUCUCAGUUAUGUUAAAAUAUCAACGGCGAUGCCUAAAUUGUUGGGAAAUCUAUCUUCUUUGACAUCUCUACUCUUGGAGGACUGUGACCUAAUAGGUGAAUUCCCGGUUGAUAUUUUUCAGCUUCCAAACUUACAAUUUCUCAGUGUGUGCUUUAACAAAGAUCUCAGUGGAAGAUUGCCUCGAGCACUUAACCAUAAGAGUUCUCUUAAGGUAUUGCUAUUGCGAGAGACUGGAUUUUCAGGGGAGCUACCUUCAUCAAUGGAGAAACUUGCUUCUUUGACUGAGUUCGAUGCAAGUGGCUGCAACUUUUCAGGAGUCAUUCCAGCUUCUAUAGGUAUGCUAAACCAACUAACUUUUCUUGACCUUUCUGAAAAUAACUUUGUGGGAGAAAUCCCGUUUUCCUUGGGAAACUUAACCCAACUCGUCGAACUUUAUCUUUCCUCAAAUCAAUUUAGGGGUCCAAUUCCUUCGUCAUUUUCGAAACUAGUAAAUUUGAAAAACCUCUCUGUAGGUGAUAAUAAUUUCAGUGGCCUUGUGGAUUUCAACAUUUUUGUUGGCAUGAAAAACCUCUCUUUUCUUAAUCUAUCCCGAAACAACCUUUCACUGCUUACUAGUCCUGGGACAAAUGAAACUUUUCCACAGUUCAUUUCACUACAAUUGUCCAACUGCAACUUAAGAAAUAUUCCUGAUUUUCUUAGGCAUCAGAAAAGAGUUGAGAUUUUGAAACUUAAUCGUAAUCAGAUUGGUGGUGAAAUCCCAGAUUGGAUGUUAAACAUGAGCAUAUCACGAACAUUGCACACCAUAUCUCUUUAUAAAAACUCUUUGGUAGGAAAAAUUUCACCUAAAAUAUGCAAUCUUCGUUGUCUUAAAGUCCUUGACUUGUCCCAUAAUAAGUUGGAUGGUAAGCUUCCCCAUUGUUUCGGUGAGUUUAGUAAGUCAGUCUGGGUGAUAAGACUUAGAAACAACUCUUUUUCUGGACACAUUCCCGAAUUUACAGAGGGAAACCAAUUAAAUAUCAUUGAUUUAGGCUAUAAUCUAUUUGAAGGGAAACUACCAAAAUCACUUACAAAUUGUAUGAUGCUUGGAUACCUCAAUGUGGAAAAAAAUAGGCUCAAUGAUGUAUUCCCCCAUUGGUUAGGGGUUCUUCCAGAGUUGGAAGUUCUUGUGUUCCAUGCAAAUGGGUUUCAUGGAGCUAUAGGGGAGCCCCAAACAAACCUUCAUUUUCCAAAGUUGCAUAUAAUUGAUCUAUCUUAUAAUAACUUCUUUGGAAAACUACCAUUGAAAUACAUACAAAGUUGGAAGGCCAUGAAUCAUUCAAUUGAAGACUUUGAUUAUAUGAAGUCAAUGCCUUUCAAAGACAAAUCAAAGGCUAGUCUUACUUUGGAUAUUAUGGAUUAUUAUUUCCACACAACAAUAGCAAUCAAAGGCAUGUACAGAUACUAUGAGAAGAUCCAAAAUAUACUUGCAGUCAUAAAUCUCUCCAACAAUAAAUUUGAUGGAGAAAUUCCUCAAGUCAUUGGAAACUUAAAGGGGCUCCAUUCUCUUGAUUUAUCCAAUAAUCUUCUUGAAGGUGCCAUUCCAUCAUCACUAAGUAAUCUAGCCAAGUUGGAAUCCUUAGAUCUUUCUCAAAAUUCUCUUUCAGGGGAGAUCCCUUAUGAAUUAGACCAACUAUCUUUCCUUCAAUACUUUAAUGUUUCACACAACCACCUCUCAGGGUCAAUACCACAAGUCCAUCUCAGUAGAUUUGAGAGCAGUUCUUAUGAGGGAAAUUUGGGAUUAUGUGGUAUUCCAUUAUCAAACCAAUGUGAACACUCCAAGCCAUUAUUGGAACCACCACUUCCAUCGUCUGAAGAAGAGUCAAGCUCUCCUUUUCAAUUUGAUUGGAAAGUUGUGGCAAUAGGAUAUGGAUGUGGAAUCUUAAUUGGACCAUUUGUCGAGAAAAUUAUCAUUGCAAGAAGACCAAUGAAUCGGUUAGUGAUGAUCUUUAGGAUAAGAAGCUGA